UCCUUCAACGUCUCUCUUCCAAUAAAGACGAAUUGUCUGCUGUCAUUAUUCUCUCAUUUGAAGAAGAGGUUACAGAGGGAUAAACGCACGCAAAGAUCUUCAAUUGACCAACAUUCCUCCCUUCGAUUUCUCUCCCCCACCCCCCUUUCCGCGCAGGUGAGUAACUUGUUUGGAAAGGGAAGGAGGGGUUUGGCCGAAUAAAGGAACUCCUGGGUCCGUGGGUGAUACGAGACGCGUAGCGUUGGUCGGGCUGUCAAGAAUCUUGGCAGCCCGAUUCUCUUGAACGGCUCUCCUUCCCGUAUAAUUGGUAAAGUUAUAAAUUUUGGCUCUGAUGUAUAUUCAUUCAAUGUUUUGACUACUCCCGAGUUGCAUUGAAAUUGGGGAGUUUCAUUUUGUGCAGGCCGGCGAUUCUUAUUUUCGUUUUUGAUUUUUCUGGGUCGGCACAGUUCCAAAUCUUCUGGCUCUUGAAUUGGCUUUUUCAUCGUGUAUGAGGCGAACUUUACAUUGUUACGAGAGUUUCUGGACUUGCACUCAGCCAUGGGUUCCUUGUCUGGAAUCUUUCAAAGGCCAGCUGUUGCUGCAGCUGCGGUUACCUUAGCUUCUGUUUCUGCGGGCUUUACUGACAAACCUGUGCCUCCGAACCAAUCUGAUCCUUGUUCCUCAAAGGACUCCAAUUCUUCUAUCUAUAAUAUAGUACAGGAACCAAACUCAUCAUGUGUCUCUCGCAUUUCAGUUUCCAAACUUGCAAACUUUUCAUUUGUAACUCGAAUUCGAGUACCUGUACCUAACAUUAACUUCUCUGCAGCUCCUAAUUCGAGCCACAAAUUUGUCCCUAGUUUGUUAUAUUCCUCUGUUGCUUCUUCUCCCAUCCUGCUGAAUCUUUACCACUCUGCAGCGUUGGCUAAAGCCCCAAAGUCGACCGCAUUUGCUUAUACUGCCCCUACCUCCCCCCCUGAGGUUUUAUACAGAUGGCAUUUGCCAGAGCCAUCAGCUUAUGAUAUUGUGGGCAAUUCAGAUUGUUCAUCGGCUAAGUCCAGGACAGUAGUGGUUUUGCUUGGAUGGUUGGGGGCUAAACAAAAGCAUUUAAGGAGAUAUGCAGAGUGGUAUACAUCAAGGGGCUUCCAUGCUAUCACCUUCACUUUCCCCAUUGCUGAGAUCCUUAGCUACCAAGUGGGUGGAAAAGCUGAAGAACAUGUUGAGUUGCUCGUAAGGCAUCUUGCUGACUGGUUAGAAGAAGAACAUGGAAAGAACCUGGUUUUUCAUACUUUCAGCAACACGGGCUGGUUAACAUAUGGGGUAAUUCUUGAGAAGAUUCAGAUGCUGGAUCCGUCCUUAAUGGGAAGGAUUAGGGGUUGUAUUAUUGAUUCUGCUCCUGUUGCCGCCCCUGACCCACAGGUAUGGGCGUCUGGUUUCUCCGCAGCUUUUCUGAAAAGGCACAGUGUUGCCACAAAAGGAUCACUAAGCUCAUAUGAAACAGACGGGGCGGCAUUGGUUAACCAACAAACUUUUGCGGAACCCAAACCUGCAGUAACUGAAGCAGCUUUACUAUUAGUUUUGAAGAAGUUCUUUGAGGUUGUGUUGAAUCUUCCUACAGUGAAUAGGAAGCUCUCCGAUGUUCUUGGUCGGUUAUCAUCUGGACAACCAACCUGUCCACAGCUAUACAUCUAUAGCACAGCCGACAGAGUAAUUCCUGCUGGUUCUGUUGAAUCAUUUAUAGAGGGGCAGCGGAUGGCGGGGCACCAAGUCCGGGCGUGCAACUUUGUCUCCACACCUCAUGUUGAUCAUUUCCGAAAUGACACACAAUUGUAUACUUCUCAGCUUUCUCAGUUUUUGGAGGACUGUGCUUACAAGUAGCAAGGGUUCUUAAACAUCACUGAGCACUGAUCACGGUCCUUGUGGCUUUUUUGUUUUAUCUUUUAAACUGUAUUGUCAUACUCAUACAGCUUAUUCAUUGGUGCACAAAGGGUUUUGAAUGAAAAAGAGGGAAUAUAGUUCUUUGAACUCUGUUGUCUAGAAAUAAAACAGUUCUGCAAUAUAUAAACAGAAAUUGUUCUUACA